UGUGUGUGUGUGUGUGUGUGUGUGUGUGUGUCUGACAGGAAGUCGAGCUGUUGGAGUGCACAGUGUUUACGACUGCGUCCCUUACAUAGAUCCUGCUUUCACUCUAAAUAAUUAUGCGUAAAUAGGAAAAUAGCAACUACAACAGAAAGCUUGUAGUUCAACUGUAUUUCCUCGGCACAAGUCUGUUUUGAGGAAGCAGAAUGACUGCCAUAAAACACGCCCUCCAGAGGGAUAUCUUUACACCCAACGAUGAGCGCCUGCUCAGCAUUGUCAAUGUUUGCAAGGCAGGGAAGAAGAAGAAGAACUGUUUCUUGUGUGCCACGGUGACGACGGAGCGUCCCGUGCAGGUUAAAGUGGUAAAAGUGAAGAAGUCAGACAAAGGAGAUUUCUAUAAGAGACAGAUGGCCUGGGAACUACGUGACUUGUCAGAGGUCGAUGCCAAAGAUGCCACUAAGGAGAACCCAGAGUUUGACCUGCACUUUGAGAAGGUCUACCGUUGGGUGGCCAGCAGCACGGCAGAGAAGAACUCCUUCAUCUCCUGCAUCUGGAAGCUGAACCAGCGUUACCUGAGGAAGAAAGUGGAGUUUGUUAACGUCAGUCCCCAGCUGCUGGAAGAGCUCCCUGAAGAGUCAGUCCCUAGUGGUGAGAGUCAGAGUGUUGCCGGCGGCGAUGAAGACGCUCUGGAUGACUACCAAGAACUGAACACUCGGGAGGAGCAGGACAUCGAGAACAUGAUGGAGGUGUGCGAAUACGCCAUCUCUAACGCCGAGGCCUUUGCUGAUAAACUUUCCCGAGAGCUGCAGGUCCUGGACGGGGCAAACAUCCAGUCAAUCAUGGCAUCAGAGAAGCAGGUGAACAUCCUGAUGCAGCUGCUGGACGAGGCGUUGUCCGAGGUGGACGCCAUCGAGGGAAAGCUGCUGAGCUACGAGGAAAUGCUGCAGAGCGUCAAGGAGCAGAUGGAUCAGAUUUCCCAGAGCAACCGUCUCAUUCAGAUCAGCAAAACCAACAACGGACAGCUGCUUGACGAGAUCCAGUUUCUAGUGAACUAUAUGGAUCUGUCUAAAGGGCACAUCCGAGCUCUACAGGAGGGAGACUUGUCUUCUCCUAAAGGUAUCGAGGCCUGCAUCAAUGCCUCCGAGGCUCUGCUGCAGUGUAUGAACGUAGCACUCCGACCAGGUCAUGAUAGCCUGUGGGCCGUGAAGCAGCAGCAGAGCCUGUUUGCUGAUCUCAGAGACAAUUUUGCUCGUCGCCUCACAAACCACCUGAACAAUGUGUUUGUGCACCAGUUCAACCACUUCAGUCACUUCAAAAUGACCAUUCCUCAGUUCUAUAGGUCGUCCUGUCUGUCACUCCCCGGUCACGAUCAGAGCUCGGCGCUGUCUCAGCACACAGCAGAGCUGACCCUGCCUAAACACAGCCCACUACACAGAGACCUGCUCAGAUACGCAAAACUGAUGGAGUGGCUGAAGAACACACAGAGAGAGAAGUACGAAGGCCUGUCCAGGACCUACGUGGACUACAUGACUCGGCUGUACGAGAGAGAAAUCAAAGACUUCUUCGAGGUCGCGAAAAUCAAAAUGGCAGGAACCACCAAAGAAGGGAAGGGAAAGUUUGCCACGCUUCCUCGGAAAGAGAGCGCUCUCAAACAGGAGACAGAAAGUCUUCAUGCGAGUUCAGGGAAGCUCACUGGCUCCACCUCCAGUCUCAACAAGUUGGCUGUCAGCAGUUCCAACAGCCGUCGUUCACAGUCCUCGUCUUUGCUGGACAUGGGCAAUAUGUCAGCCUCUGACCUGGACGUGGCCGACAGGACCAAGUUUGACAAGAUAUUCGAGCAGGUCCUCAGUGAGUUGGAGCCUCUGUGUCUCGCUGAACAGGAUUUCAUCAGCAAGUUCUUCAAACUGCAGCAGCAGUCAGGAUCAGCUCAGGGAGAAACCACAGAUGACUUGGAUGGAGCGCUGCAGUCCAGACCGGCCAGUGAACACAGACACUCCAUAUCAUCAGAUAAGGACAUGGUGCGACAGAUGAUGAAUAAGAUCUUUCACAGCAUCGAGACGGAAUUAAACAGUCUGAUCGCUCUGGGCGAUAAAAUCGACAGCUUCAACUCGCUCUACAUGCUGGUGAAGAUGAGCCAUCACGUGUGGACGGCCGAGAACGUGGACCCUGCGUCCUUCCUCAGCACCACGCUGGGCAACGUGCUGGUCACCGUAAAGAGGAACUUCGACAAGUGUAUUUCUGGACAAAUCAGGCAGAUGGAGGAGGUAAAGAUCUCUAAGAAGAGUAAAGUUGGGAUCUUGCCCUUCGUCAGAGUCUUUGAGGAUUUUGCGGAAUUGGCUGAGACCAUUUUCCGUAACGCAGAGCGACGAGGUGACCUGGAUAAAGCGUAUGUCAAGCUCAUCAGAGCCGUCUUCAUGAACGUGGAGAAAGUCGCCAAUGAGAGUCAGAAAACCCCUCGUGAUGUCGUUAUGAUGGAGAACUUCCACCACAUAUUCUCCACUCUGUCGCGCCUCAAGAUCUCAUGUCUGGAGACGGAGAGGAAGGAGGCCAAGCAGAAAUACACAGACCAUCUUCAGUAUUAUGUUAUUAACUCUCUGGGCCAGCCUUUGGAAAAGCUCAACCACUUCUUUGAGGGAGUGGAGGCACGUGUGGCUCAGGGGGUGAGGGAAGAGGAGGUAAGCUACCAGCUGGCUUUCAACAAACAGGAGCUGAGGAAGGUGAUUAAAGAAUACCCUGGAAAAGAGGUGAAGAAGGGCCUGGACAAUCUCUAUAAGAAAGUGGACAAGCAUCUGUGUGAGGACGAAAGCCUUCUACAAGUGGUGUGGCACUCCAUGCAGGAUGAGUUCAUCCGGCAGUAUAAACACUUCGAGGGGCUGAUAAACCGCUGCUACCCCGGCUCAGGCAUCACCAUGGACUUUACCAUACAGGAUAUGCUGGAGUACUUCUCUAGUAUCGCCCAGUCCCACUAGAAGUGAAAAAAUUGAGGGGUGUGAGAGAGAGAGAGAGAGAGUGUGAGUGAGUGAGUGAGUGAGUGAGUGAGUGUUUGUUUGUUUGUUUGUUGUGGGAUCCAUAUAUGCAGUGCGUCCUAAUCUGCGUACAUAUAUUAAAACACUAAAAGCAGUUUUGUCAAGUUCAAGUCUCCGAUUAAGUCACAGGAUAAAAGAACACUGGACUGGACCCUCUUUAUAAAUGUGUAAUAUAUAAGUGGAUGCAACAAUGAAUUAAAAUGACUGAAUUUGCACACACACACACACACAUCCCUUUUAACUCCACAUUAAAUCUGUGUUAAUUUCCAUAACUGUUAAUGUUAAGUAAUAAAAAAAAUCUCCACAUGUA